UAGGUUCGUGGCAAUACAAACCAAUACAACAAAUAUUAUAUCUUCUCUCUCCCUUAUAAUAACAAGCUCUUAAGUUUUCAUUUCUUUGAGAAAAAAAAGAUGUCUAUCAUUGCAACUGGUCAUCUGGGUGUUUUUAUUUUUGGUCUUCUAGGGAAUAUCGUUUCCUUUGUGGUAUUUCUGGCCCCAGUGCCAACAUUUUACAGGGUAUAUAAGAAGAAAUCAACAGAAGGAUUUCAAUCAGUUCCAUAUGUGGUUGCACUAUUCAGUGCGAUGAUGUGGCUGUACUAUGCAACUCUCAAAUCCAAUUUGCUUCUCCUUGUUACUAUCAAUUCAUUUGGUUGUGUCAUUGAGACCAUUUACAUUGCCUUGUACAUUGCCUAUGCACCAAAGCAAGCAAGGGUUUUCACUUUGAGACUACUUGUUGUGGUGAACUUUGGGGGAUUUUGCUUGAUUCUUCUACUCUCACACUUCUUAUCAAAAUCACUUAGAGCAACUGUUUUGGGAUGGGUUUGUACAAGUUUUGCUGUUAGCGUCUUUGCAGCCCCUUUAAGCAUAAUUAGGGUUGUUAUACGCACGAAGAGCGUGGAGUUUAUGCCGUUUCCUUUAUCAUUUUUUCUCACAAUUAGCGCCGUUAUGUGGCUCAUGUACGGUAUAAUGCUCAAGGAUUUGUGUGUGGCGAUUCCAAACAUAUUGGGUUUGAUCUUUGGAUUUCUUCAAAUGGCACUAUACAUAAAGUAUAGAAAAAACAAGAGUGUUAUGCUUGAAGAGCAAAAGCUUCCAGAACAAUUAGCAGUGAAAUCUGAAUUAGGUGAUGAAAAACUUGAUCAUGAUAAUCAUAAUCACACCAUAAUGAUGGCUGAGGUUCAAGUAAUUAACACUUCUGAUGAUAAGAAAAAAGCCCAAAAUGAUCAAAAUGAAGAGAGGAUGAGCAAGAACCAAUUUGUGGUACCCCAAACAGGCCAUUGUGCUAUUAACAUGGAAGGCCCAGGCCCAAGCCCAAGCCCAAUUAGCCCAUGCCAAACAGUGAAUUGUGUAGCUUAAUGGGCUUUGCUUAAUUGAAUCUCUCUCUAAUAAUUAAAGCCCUAUUUCAUAAGUCCCUGUUUGGCUGCUGGGUUUUAAUUAAUUUACAUAAUAUUAUUAGGAUGGUGUACAUAGGGGUAUCGAUCGUCCUCGGCUUAUUAUUAUUAUUAAAGUUUUUGGUUUUAUAAUUUGAAGGUGUAAAAUCCAAAUAUAGUGCUUGUACAUCGACUUUGUCACGCCGUACAGUACGGCUUACAAUGUGGCAAAGUAUAUAUAGCCAUGACCUGUACUAUAUAUAUCUUUACCUUUUUAAUAAUAUAUAAUAUAUUGUGUGUAA